AUGAGCUCAUUGUGGGGGUUGAGAGGUUGGGAAGAAGACAGUGGAUGGUUGUAUAUUUGCAGUGCUGGCUGUGAGCGUCUAACCCUAACACCCAAAUCCCCAUCACUCUCUCUUCUCCAAAUCUCCACACCUGCUGACCUGCGCACCCAGCCACACCUGCCUGCGGCACCCACCACCGCGAAGCCUUCGGCCCGUCGCACAUCAGGCCAAGACGAAGCCUUCCUCUUCGCGAAGACGCGGACAGAGCAGAGCAAUGGUCCAACACAAAGCCUUCCUCCCGUCGCACAUCAGUCAAGCACGCCACCACCCACUGACUCGACACGGCAGCAAAGCACCACGCCAUUGCCGUUGAGACGCUACCACCCACACCCAGCAGCGUUUCUGGGUUCUGGACUUCUGGCCACGAUCAUCAGUUCAACCCAGCACCUCCCAGUCUCCCACUCAGCCUUCUUCCCAAGUCAAUAUGGAGCCCGAGCCACUGAUUCAGGGCUCAUGUUUGGGGGCAAUUUUGCUUAUGUUAUGAAGGACGUAAGCUUGUCAUUGAAACAACUUAUCUUAGAGAUUACGGCAUCAAGGAUGGUGACCAAGUUAGUGAAUUUUAAGGCUUACAAUUCCAGUUAAGGGAGCUGGAAUGCUGGAUUGAUAGAAACAUGAACGGUUAAUUUAUAAUAUAUGUUAUUGAAAAGAAGUUUGAUUAAAGUUGUAUGUGAAUAUCCCCAUGAUUUUAUUCAAUUCUGAUACAUUGUUGUUACCCUGCUAUUAAUCCAUUCAUCUCAAUUUCUGUUGUACUUAC